CUACAGAUCACAUCAGUUCUCCAGUUUACGGACGGAGUAAACACUGAAGUAGAUCCGGAACAAAAUUUAUUCUCAAAUUUACGAUUUUGAAAAAAUAGCAACAUAGAUUUCAACCCGUAUUAUUGAAAAGUAUUUAAAAAUAAAAAAUCGAGACCUUUCAUGAAAAAUUAACAAUUUUAUAUUAUUGUGCUCAUUUCUGCAGUGAAAUUCAGGAUCAAACUCAAAAUGUUAUAAUUUAACCAAGUUUGAGUUUAAGGGAUUAAACAAUGGACGGAUAAGAAAUCGUGUCCCAUUUGCAUGUUAAAUACAUAUAUAUGUACUAGUCUAGAUUUAUUUAGAACGUGGAGUGCUUUGGGUUAACGGAGAAAUGAGAAGUGCAGGCGUCGUUAAAUGUCACCCAUCAAGCCGAGAAGAAUGAGCGUUAGGAUGAACGAGCAUGACGUUGAUGAAGUUGCUUUCCUCACGGGGGAAUCAACCAAUGCAAACAAACGAACUCUUUACGAGCAGGAUCGGAUUGCCGUGUGCUCACAAAAACGGGCGGUGGGUGUGGCUCUCCUCGUCUUUUUUGCGCUUUUCUUUGUCGCCGUCAUCAUUGCCUUUGCGACUCCUCUCAGUGGAUGUUCUUUCUUAACUGGGCCAUCGGACCCUUCACUAAAUCCGGAUGAAGGUUCGGACGAACAUGAUUUUAUUUCCGAGUCUGGAGAACUCUUUCCAUGGACGAAACCCAGGUUACCCACAGACAUCAAACCAACGCACUACACAAUCUCCAUCCACCCAAACUUGACCACUUUAGAUGUUACAGGAUGGGUGGUGAUACGUUUCGAGGUGUUGGUGGAGACGAGCCUGAUUGUUCUGCACAGUCGGAACAUCACCAUCAUCGACAAGUGGGUGAAGGAAGAGGUCGAGGACGGUCAUCGUGUAGAACCUCUCAAUAUUUCUCAGUUGCUGGAGUAUCGCCCAUUUCAAAUGAUUUCGUUGGAAAUGAAGGACGAAAGUGCUCUUAUCCCUGGAAAGAACUAUUCACUAGGAAUCCGUUUUCACACAAACAUUAGCACGGAGCUGGAAGGAUUCUACCUCAGUAGUUAUGUAAAUUCUCAGGGAGAAAGGAGAUAUUUAGCAACCACUCAUUUUGAACCAACUUACGCCCGGUCUGCCUUCCCCUGUUUUGAUGAACCACAAUUUAAAGCAGCCUUCAAAAUGAUCAUUAUUCGUAACCAAUUUCACAAAUCGUUGUUCAACAUGCCCAUCAAGAAGAUUGAGACAGUUUACUACGGAUAUAACAUGGAACUGUGGAGGGACGAGUUUGAAGAAUCCGUCGAGAUGAGCACUUAUCUUGUCGCAUUUGUCAUCUGCGACUACGAGAGCAUUAGUAACAAAACGAGCAAAAAAGUUGAAGUAUCCAUCCAUACGCCACACGGUCUUCUUAAUCAAGCACAAUUUGCCCUUCAAACUGCCGUCCAACUCAUGGACUAUUACGACGAGUUUUUCAGCGUAGCUUAUCCAUUACCAAAACAAGAUUUAAUUGCCAUUCCCGACUUUGGUGCGGGUGCGAUGGAAAACUGGGGCUUAAUCACGUACCGAGAAACUUCAAUUUUAUACGAUAAAAAUGAGAGCAGUUCGGCUGCUCAUCAAUGGGUAGCGGUUGUCGUGGCCCAUGAAUUAGCACAUCAGUGGUUCGGAAACCUUGUGACGAUGCGGUGGUGGAAUGACCUUUGGUUGAAUGAAGGGUUUGCCAGUUUUGUGGAGUACGUGGGAGUGGAUCAUAUCCAGCCAGAUUGGAAAAUGAUGGAACAAUUUGUUUUGGAAAAGACGCAGACAGCUUUGGCACUCGACGCUCUUGCGAGCAGUCACCCCAUCUCCGUGGAUGUCCGUGAUCCUCGGGAAAUAGAAGCCAUUUUCGACACGAUAUCAUUCAACAAGGGAGCUGCGAUCCUUUACAUGCUCGAGUCUGUUCUUGGUCAGAGCAAUAUGCGUCAUGGGUUGAUGGACUAUUUGAACGAGCAUAAGUUCGACAAUGCGGACACGGAUGAUUUAUGGACAGCUUUGAGCAGCAGUGCAAACGAUUCAAUGAAGGUCAAGACAAUUAUGGAUACUUGGACCCUACAAAUGGGAUACCCUCUAAUUCGCGUCCACAUUGAGAAUAAUUCCAUCCGGGCGUCACAAACUCGAUUCUUGUUGAAUGCAUAUGAUAACGAAACAGAGCUAGAACACGUAGAAAAUCAGUUUGGGUACAAGUGGUACAUUCCACUCACCUAUGUCACCGAUCUUAAGCCCAGAAGCAUGCAACUCGUCUGGAUGAACAGGACGGACUACGAGUUCAACAUGCCCUUCCGAGCAGAAUGGAUUAAAUUCAAUGUUAAUCAAACUGGAUUUUAUCGAGUUCAGUAUGAAGGACAAUUGUGGGAUUCCCUCGUCAAAGUAUUGCUUACAAACCCAUUCAUUCUGAGUCCAACUGACAGGGCGAGUUUGAUUGACGACGCUUUCACCCUUUGCAAGGCUGGACUUGUUGAUGCAAAUAUUCCAUUAGAAUUGUCCCAGUAUUUGAUCAAAGAGACAGAGUACGUUCCAUGGGCCACAGCUCUAGAGCAUUUCCGAUCUUGGAGCAAAGUUUUGUACGAGAGAAAGGCACACCGACCUCUGAUUCAAUACGUACAAAAACUAACGGAACCAAUUUACAAGAAGGUCGGAUGGGCAGAUUCUGGAACUCACCUAUUCAAACUGUUGCGAGGUGAAGUUCUCUCCACAACAAUUCAUUGUGAAAACAAGGAUGCGGAAAAGGAAGCAAUGGCAAGAUUUGACAACUGGAUGAAAAAAGGGGUCCGAGUUCCGCCCAAUUUGCGAGAAGUCGUAUACUCUGCUGGGGUAAAAUAUGGGGGUGUAACUGGUUGGGACUAUUGCUGGUCCAAGUAUAACUCUUCUCGGGUUCCCAGCGAGAAGAAAAUCUUACUCAAAGCAAUGGGAUCGGCUGCGGAUCCAUGGCUUUUACAACAAUAUCUAGAAGCAUGUCUUGACCGAGAAGUCGUCCGACCCCAGGACGUUCGUACCGUCCUUGGCGUCGUUGCAGCCAAUCCAUCAGGAAGAUUACUGGCUUGGCGACAUCUCCGAGCACACUGGUUCACCUUCCAGAGCAUGUUUGGCGAAGGGUCGUUUACAAUGGGAAGUUUAAUUACGGCAGUCGUGGGACAUUUUUCAAAUGAGUUUGAUUACAGAGAGGUGACGGAUUUCUUCAGCGACAAGGACGUCGGAUCCGGCACUCGUGCUCUGAACCAGAGCUUGGAGACAAUUAGACUCAACAUGCAUUGGAUACAGAAUAAUGAAGACGACAUUGAAAAGUGGCUUCAAGUCCAUGUGCGUUAAGCUGCCAAACUAAAUAAGUAUUUAUAUGACGUGACAAUGGUGUGAAAAUUGAUUUUGAUUUGGGAUGCUAAUGAUCGUUGUGAAUGUGACCUGUGGCGAUUCAGUGAGAUGUAUUGUAUAAUUGUGCUGUACCCUAUACUCAAAAAUUAUUUUCUCGUCUACUGUUAAAAUUCAUAUCCAAAAGGACAUAGCUGCCCCUCUUUCAAAAAUUCAAAAUUAUAAAACUAUUUAUAAACGGGCCAAAUUCUCUGUGUGUAGAGACUCUAGACAAAUCUAGACAUGAUAAUCUAGUCCAAAAUAUAUGUAUCAAACGAUAAUAAUGUUUCUGCAAGGUGGAAAGUAUACCAUAAAAACAACGAAUUAUACUCCUCUAUAUAUUUCUUAACGCGAUAUCAAGUAAUAACAAGUAAGUGUUUUAACUUCUGAUGUACACCAUUAUUGUGGCAUUUCCUCAUUUUCACGUUUAUUAUUGCGUGGUCAUAUUGUUGUAAGAAUAGUUUGUUUGAGGAGUUUACAUCAAGCGAAAAUAUUAUAUCCUAUUUAAUAAUA